CGGCGCAGUACAUUCCAUGAUUAGACAACGCGCACUCCGUAGCUGCUUUAGCUGUUUUCGCAAUUCGUGUAAAACGCUUAACGAAAUAAUCGACGAUUUCCAUAGGGAGUGAUUUGCUGCGGGGUCGCGGAGCUGCUGAGAGAGAGAUCUGUUCAGGAGAGCUGAUUUGUCCUGCCGUGUGGGAGAUGGGAUCAGUCCCGGCGGUGUCUAUCCUGAUUUUGGGAAUCAUUUUCCCGAGCCUGCCUGGAUCUAUGGAGGCGCUAACAGCUAACCCCGCAACUGGCGUUGCCGUGGCUGAGCCUCAGGUAGCCAUGUAUUGUGGGAAACUCAACAUGCAUGUCAACGUACAGACGGGCCAGUGGGAGCCAGACCCAUCAGGAACCAAGAGCUGCAUUAAAACCAAGGAGGCUGUGCUGGAAUACUGCCAGGAGAUGUACCCCAAGUUGGAAAUUACAAAUGUCCUGGAGGCCAACCAGCCAGUCAAGAUUGAGAACUGGUGCAGGAAAGGAAAGAAACAAUGCAAGCCUCAAGCCCACACUGUGGUCCCGUACAAAUGCUUGGUUGGAGAGUUUGUGAGCGAUGUACUCCUUGUCCCAGCAAAGUGUCAUUUCUUCCAUAAGGAGCACAUGGACACAUGUCUCAGUCAUCAGCGGUGGCAGGAAGAGGCAAAGGAGGCUUGCUUAAAGUCCAACAUGGUGCUACACAGCUAUGGCAUGCUGCUACCAUGUGGUGUUGAUAUGUUCCGUGGCACCGAAUAUGUCUGUUGCCUGCCUGCCCAGGAGCCUACUUCCGCUGCCAUUGCCUCUCAGGAAGAAGUCGCAGAUAAUGAUGACGAUGAAAUGCAGGACGAGGAGCAGGAUGAUGGGCAGGAUGAGGUUGUAGAGGAAAGCGAGCCGUUUAUAGAUGAACAGCCAACCCAAAAGCAAGAUGAAGCUGAGAAGAUGGACUAUGAGGGAGAAGAUGAUAAUAUUGAUGAUGAUGAUAAUGAUGAUGAUGACCAGUACCACUAUGUUUAUGAAGAUGAAGAUGAGGACCGAGAGAGUGAAGAGAAAGAGAGAAAGAAAGAGAAGGCCACUGCUGUUGAGAGUAAGGAUACUGAAAUGUCUCUUCAGGAGGUAAAAGCUUUGUGCUCCCUGGAGGCUGAGACGGGCCCCUGUCGUGCAUCUAUGCCUCGCUGGCACUUUGAUAUUUACCAUAAGAAGUGUGUGCGCUUCAUCUACGGAGGCUGUGCUGGCAACCGCAACAACUUUGAGUCUGAGGAGUACUGCAUGGCUGUGUGCAAGUCUCUAACUCUGCCCCCUACUUCAGAGCCAAUGGAUGAUGUUGAUGUUUACUUUGACACUCCAGCUGAUGAUCAGGAACAUAGCCGCUUUCAGAAGGCCAAGGAGCAGCUAGAGAUUAGACACCGCAACCGAAUGGAAGGGGUAAGAAAGGAAUGGGAGGAGGCAGAGCGUCAGGCCAAGAACCUGCCUAAAGUAGACAGACAGACCUUGAUCCAGCAUUUCCAAGCUAUGGUGGAGUCUCUAGAGGAGGAGGCAGCCAGUGAAAAACAGCAGUUGGUGGAGACUCACUUGGCUCGGGUGGAGGCCAUGCUGAACGACCGCCGUCGUUUUGCCCUAGAGAACUACCUUGCUGCUCUGCAGGCUGACCCACCCAGGCCACACCACGUACUGCAGGCUCUGAGGAGGUAUGUUCGUGCAGAGAAUAAAGACCGGCAGCACACAAUCCGUCACUAUCAGCAUGUGCUUUCUGUUGACCCUGAGAAGGCAACCCAAAUGAAGUCUCAGGUUGUGACCCACCUCCGCGUGAUCGAGGAGAGGAUGAAUCAGAGUCUGUCUCUGCUUUAUAAGGUCCCUUAUGUGGCAGAUGAGAUCCAGGACGAGAUUGAUGAUCUUCAGGAGCAGAAGGCAGACAUAGAUCAGUUCCUGUCCUCAGAGUCACAGCCUGAUGUCACUGUCUCUUCUGAGGAUAGUGUGGAGGUCCCUUCAUUUGAUGGCAAACCGUCUCGCCCUUUCCGUGUCAGCUCUCUAGGCUCACAGCCUGAACCUGAGGGCGAUCUAUCUGAGCCCCCACGUGCCUUCAAGAAAGGUUCUGGAAUGAUGAAUAGUCUGGAUGGUCUGAUUGGAGCAGAGGAGAGAGUUAUCAACAGCAAGAACCAGAUCAGUGGUAAUGAGGUGAUUGAUGAGGCAAUGGAUAUAAAAGAAGUGAUUUACAGUGCUGAGAAGGUCAGCAUUUUGAAUGUUGAUCCUCUGUUCAGUCACAGAGGAAAUCAGGAGGUAUUUAACCCUCUGGGGGAGGAGUUGACCUUUGGGAACGGUACUUUAAUUGGCUUACUGGUGAUCGCAGUUGCUAUAGCAACUGUAAUUGUGAUCAGUCUGGUCCUGCUAAGGAAGAGGCAGUAUGGCACCAUCAGCCAUGGCAUUGUGGAGGUUGAUCCUAUGCUGAGUCCUGAGGAGCGUCACCUGAACAAGAUGCAGAACCAUGGCUAUGAAAACCCCACCUACAAAUAUCUGGAGCAAAUGCAUAUCUAAUCUGGACCAUCAGGGGGUUGUAUGGGGCCACAGAAUGGUGACCACUACUGACCAAUAAUAUAGUUGCUCUUUUAGAAGCAGAAAUGCAUAACCAGUUCAUUAAGAAACAAAAUCAAGUUAUUUAACACUGCUACUAGUUCUAUUACUGCAACUGCUGUAUCAUGGGGCUCCAUUUAUGAUCUUAAAGUUAAUCUUUUGAAUGGUAAUGUAUUGAAUUUUAAAUGUGAUUUAUGAAUCAUCUGAUAAAGCUGAUUAUGAAAACCUUUUGGUUUUUACUUUCAGUAGCUUUCUUGUACAUGCAGGUUAUUUGUAAAUGAGAAAGAAUGAAGAGUGAAUUAUUUCAUUUACUUUAUGUACUUUAUUAUUAUUACUAAAUUCUAUAUAAGUACAAGCAGGUGUUCCAUUUCCUUAUCGUUAUUUCACAAGCUUUGUUGUGUAGGAACAGAUUUGUUUAGAUAAAAUGUCUCUUGCUGUUGCCUGUAUAACUCAUCAUAAGCCUGUUGAACUGGUGUGUAUAUUGAUCGAUUAGAAGAUUAAUACCCUCAGGCACCCUUAUUUUGUUUCAAAGAAAAUUGAUUUGUUUCAAAAGGCAUAUUUCUAGUCAAAGCCCAUGUUUGGCAAAAAAAAAAAAAAAAUGCAUAGUUUUAAAAUUGGAAAAAUUAUGGGUGAAAGCCUCCAGACUCCUGUGUCUACUGAACAGCAAUUUAAUGUCAUUUACCAUGCAUGCACACAAAUGACACACAAGCGUUCUAAAUGACUAGUUAACUAACUGAGCAUAAUUUGGCACCAACUAACUGUUUACUGAUUGUAUCCAUUGACCAUUUUCUUGUCAAACGAUCAGGAAGUUAUUUGGAGCUAGUAAAACCCUGGUUACUAAAGUAAAUAAGUGUCAUGAGACCUGGGAGCUGGAGAUGCAGCAUUUAAAUAUUUUGUAAAACUGGUGAAAUUCUGCAAUGAACAAAAUAUUUUUUAACAUUUGUUUUCCUUUUUAUUUAUUGCCAUUAUUUUUUAAGGUUUAUAAUUGUUUUUAUUAGUUUCUUCUUUCUGUGACUGUCUUUAUGCACCCUAAUGGCUUGAUCUUGAUCCCUGUAACUACCUGCUUAAUUGUGAGAAGGGUUAGGGAACACUAAUAAGAUGGAUGUAUUGGUGGUUAAGUAGUUAAUUCCUUCGAAAACAACUUUGUGGUUGGCAAGCUGAAAAUAUCAAUAAAGUCACUUCUUCCAUAGUA